AUGGAUGAACGCAUGAUUAAUAAUGCACUAGAUGAUUCUGACAAUUUUUCUAGUGACAGUUUUGACGAUAGUGAUAGUGAUUCGAUAUAUUGUGUUGAAAAUGAAAAUAAUAGCGAUUCUCAAGAGUCGUCAGAUGAUGAGGAUCAAAUUGAGAAUCAAACUUUACUGACAUCUAACAAUAGCCAAUCAAAUUGGAAUAUAGUAACAGUCAUUUUAGAUGAGGAUAUUGGACCUAUGGAUUAUUUUAAAUUGUUUUUAACUGACAAUAUAAUUGAGUUAAUGGUUAUUGAAACAAAUAGAAACGCUCAACAAUUUUUAAAUACUCAAAAAAUUACACGUGGUAGUAGAUUUUCAUUUUGGCAACCAAUAAACAAAAAUGAUAUGGAAAAAUUUAUGGGACUUUUGAUGUGGAUGGGACUCGUAAAAAUGACUUCAAUAGCUGACUAUUGGAGCAAAGCUGAACGUUAUAAAAAUGGUGUUGCACCAAAAACUAUGAGUCGGAAUAAAUUUGAACUCAUUCUUAGGUUUUGGCAUUUUGAGGACAAUGAGACUGCUAACAAAACUGAUCGCUUAUACAAAGUAAGAAAAUUACUCAAUAUGGCAAAUGAUUUAGUAAAAAAUAUACAUAAACCUGGAGAAAUAAUUGCGGUUGAUGAAUCUAUGAUACCUUUUCGAGGCAGACUUAAAUUUCGGCAGUAUAUCAAAAAUAAAACGCAUAAGUAUGGCGUAAAAUUUUUCAAAGUAUGUGGGACUAAUGGUUACACGUAUAAAAUUAUUAUAUACGAAGGAAAACAAUCUAAACCCGGAGAAGCGUUGAGUGAAACAAUAGUAACUUCUUUGUGUGAAAACUAUCUGAACGAAGGACGUACUAUUGUCACUUUUAUACGUCUGUUCCACUAG